CCAGAGCAGAGUGUGUUACAGCUGUGAGCAGAGUGGAAGCUUUGGGCAACAUCUGAAUCAUGGCGUCUUCAGAAGAGUUCAAACCAGACCCCAGACUUCCCAAGAAGCUUGUUUACUUCCUGAUGAACAACCACAGUGUACCGCCAUCCUGCUUCUCCUUACCACCAACCGCAGCACAAUUACCAUACUUGGUGGACACCAUACAACUUUGCAUCAUGGGGAUCCUCACCAUUCUUUCCAUAAUCUCAAUCAUUGUUUAUGUGGAAGAUGCUCUUUACAUUAUGAAGAAAGUACAAUGCCCAAUGAAAAAAAGAACAUCUCUAUGGAGCAGUGCUGCCCCAACGGUCAUCUCAACAAUUACCUGUUUGGGUCUGUGGAUUCCUCGUUCAGCCAUGUUUGUAGAAGUUGCUAUUGGCACGUAUUUUGCAGUUUGCUUCUACCUCAUCUUAAUGGUUAUAAUAGAAGGCUAUGGGGGAAGAAAUGCAAUUGUCAAGAGAUUUGAGUCCACUGAUCUUCACAUCAACACUGGACCAUGUUGCUGCUGCUGCUGCUGCCUCCCUCGCAUCAAACUGACCAGGAGGAAGGUGAACCUCUUCAUCAUAUGUGUCUUGCAGAUGGCAUUCUUGAAGCCACUGUUUAAUUUCAUUGGCUUGAUUCUCUGGACUGAUGGCAUUUACAAUACAGAAAAUCUCUCAGGCACCAGUGUUGCACUAUGGAUGAAUGUGGUUCUUGGUUUUGGUACUAUUCUAGCCUUAUGGCCAAUUGGUAUACUAUUCCGUGUGGCCAAAGAUCACUUGGCUGAAUUCAACAUGAAAACAAAAUUUGCAGUUUUUCAGCUAAUGCUUCUCCUGAGCACGUUACAGGCCUCGAUUUUUAGUAUCCUGGGCAGUGCCGGAGUUCUUCCCUGCGUGCCUCCAUAUGCAUUUAAACCCAGGUCUUACUUGAUGCACUACCAUCUGCAAAUUAUAGAGACAUUUGUACUGACAAUAAUGGCUCGAAAUGCAUAUAGGAAGAAGGAUGAAGAAGCAGGGUACAAGAUAAAAACACAGUCUGCGUGAUUCAGACAUCCUGUAUAGUCAGUCCUCCAACAUAUUCUGUGCAUUUAUGCAUACCUAUAUAUCAGUAUGCCAUACCAAAGAUAACAUCAUUUUUUUAUAUUCAGCGAUGAACACCCUAACUGCAAAUUUUCUUGGAAGUGUUUGCAAUGUUAAACUCAGAAUUAGGGAUCAUGCACACGGCCGUUGCGUUCAAUUUACGGUCCCCAUUGCAUCGGCAACAUCCGUGUGGAUUCUGUAGAUGGAUCCAGAUUCCAGUCCGAUUCAACUUGAAUGGGUCAGUGAUCCGUCGACACUGCAAAAAAGUAGUGCAUGCAUUACUCUUUUGCGGUGCGGAGGCACAGAGAAAAACCUGUGCCUCCGUUCCGUAGCGGACCUUCUUGUAUGUGGACCCAUUCAAUGCGGACCUGCUGUUUGCGGGUCGCAAUACGGGCCCGGUCGACAAACGAUCGUGUGCAUGAGCCCUUAGUCUACAACUACUAUAUGUCCAAAAGACCAUUGAAACACAAAUAUAUGUGGACUUGAAGGGGUAUUCUGCUUGUAACAAGUUAUCUCCUGUCCACAGGCUAGGGGAUAACUAUUGGAUUGGUAGGGGUCUGACCACAAGCAGGGGCAAAACUACCAUAGUGGCAGACCAUGCAACUGCUAUAGGGCCCAGGGCAAGAUGGGGCCCAGUUGGGAUUAUCUCUUCUUCUACUGGGGUGAAAACUUGGUCAGGACUCGACCCUCUAAAGGAAACCCUUCUGUCCUGUGUGUGCGGCCUGGUUUGAUCCUUGCUAUGGUUCCUUUAUUUCUCUAUGUAUGCCACUGACCACUGGUUCCCACUAAUCAAAAGAAAGGAGACCCUGUAGCCUGCAGGGCCCCAAAAUGAAUGAUGUGGCAGGUCUAUGCACUGCAGCUCUGUUCAUCUCUAUGGGACAGCCUGGGCUGGGUACAGUGCACUGCUAUUUCUGGCAGUCUCAUAGAGAUGAAUGGAGAUGCAGUGCGCGUGUCCAACCUGGCGCUUCAUUCAAUUCAGUUGGCCACGCAGGGUACAAGGCUCCCAUACUUGUGAUUGGUGAGGGACUUAGCAGUUGGACCCCCCAUGAUCUAAUAUUUAUUCCCUAUCCUGUGGAUAAAGGAAAGAUAGCUUGUUUCAACUGAAAUACCCCCUUAAGGCAUAAAAGAAUGAAGAACUGUUCUGCAGUACACAAAUUAUAACUGAAAAUACCAGAUAUAUACCUCCGAACUACGGACACUGCAACCUCAUUUCUCAAGUAUUGUUUUUUAUUUUUUAUCACCAUACAUGAUCUUUGGUUACUCACAGGAUAUACCGUAUACGGUAUAAAUGUUAUAAACCACAACUUCUAUUUUUACAUAAAUGUCUGUCAUUAUUCUUCUCAUGAAAUAUAUAUAUAUUUUUUGUUAACAUCUAGUUGUACCCUAAACAUAGUCUUGUACUAUGCUGCAUCAUAUGAAACUGAAUCCCUUUUCUACUUAGGCUAAUUUCACACUUGCAGCAGGGUCUGGCAGGCUGUUCCAGCGGGGGAACAGCCUGCCGGAUCAGUGCUAACGCUAUCCCACCGUGCCGCCGGAUAGCGGUAUUCACUAUAAUAGGGGUGGGCCGGAGAUCCGGCCGCAGCACGGCGAGCAAGUCAAGAGGUCGCCUCUCGGCAUGUUUGCAGUGCUGCAGCCAGACAUCAGGCUUGCCCCUAUUAUAGUGAAUGGGGUCGGAGCGGACUUCCGACGGCACGGUGGGAUAGCCUUAGCACUGAUCCGGCAGGCUGUUCCCCUGCCGGAACAGCCUGCCGGACCCUGCUGCCUCAAGUGUGAAAGUAGCCUUAUCCAGGGCCUUACAGUGAUGUUCUUUCCAAGAUUUUUCUUAAUACUUAAAGUAAAUAUUCAAUUACUAUUCAUUUGUCAUCAUUGUCUGCAUUAUUGUCACAAAAUAAACUGCCUCAUAUAUUUAUG